AUGCAGCACGCACGGCCCACACCCCCGGAUUUGGCGCCCCCAGACAAUCACAUGCGUUCCGGCGCCGCGGCUCAGACGGUUGAAGCGUGCGGCUCCGUUUUUUUGUGGUUGUGUGGGGACGAGUGUGGAAGCAGCCUACCCCCCGGUUGGAGGGCGCACGCUGACGCCAACCCGCCUGCCGAGGGAAUGGGAAUGGUGGACGAAUUACGGAAUUGGGAGCCGCAACAAAAACACAGGCCAGCUCGGGAGACCUUUGCUAGAGCUGCUCCGUUUCGACUGUUGGCUCGUAGCGCCGCCCUUGUACAGACCACCAUGCUGGGAGCUGGCGCGCCUCUUCCUUCUUCUCUCUUGAAUCUCGCCAACGUUGAACGGCCACGCGCCACCUCGCCAGCUCCGAGAACUCCCGCCUCGGCCGUCAGCGACACCUCCUGA